AUGCCGGUGAGUGAAUUUGCCAGCCGAGUUCUUAAGGGAGUUGCGGGGUCAAUGCGACUGACUGACUGUUCUACUGAGCUCCCCACAGCACUUCAUCUCAGGCCUGUUGCUCGCAUUAACUCCGAUCAAGUAGAAACCCAAACAGAAAGUUCGUCAGAUCCCCCUACUAGACACCCCACCCCCUGCCCGAAGUUCUUGAUUUUGCCUGUCAGCGUUUAUAACCGAAUCACUUCCAUGAAACGGAUGCUUUUGGAUGGUUUCAAGUCUCCAGUCUGUCCCAAUAUUGGGUGGUGCGUAGCUGUUUCUGAUGAAGGCACGGAGACGAUUGGGGAUGAGAGAACUCCAAAGCUUCCGAAAACACCCAGUUGGGCUCGAUGGACCGGUCUGGAAGAAGCCCUCACCUCUCCCUCGUGGCUUUUAUCAAAACGCGACAAAGAGGAGGAACCUGAAGUUAGGCUGGUUUUUGUUCGACGCCAAUCCGACGACUGUGGGGAGGCUAUCAGCCCUGCCUUGAGAAAAUCAAUAUUUGGUCCUGCACGUAUUCGUCGAACUCGUCUGAAGGGCACAGAUCAAUUGGUCAUGAAGGUUAAACAACUGAUAGCUCCUCCAAACUCUACGCCUGCCCAAUCAGAUGAGAAACGGCAGGCCACCACAUCCCCAGGCGCUAUGGAGGGUCUCUCAUUCCGAUACAUUUGGUCUCUUGACUACCGCUCCUGUCCCGUCGGCAUUGGCAUUCGUGACUGCAUCAACAUGUCAGUCAGCACCUGCCGUAGUCGCCGCCCCCUUCCUCCCCUCCUUGAUUCUGGCGUGGGAGUGAUGCUUGUUGUGGGUGCCCAUUCGUCCAGUGUGACAAACGGGAGCACUGACGAAGAAGAGACAGGGAGCUGCGGUGAGCGGUGCCAUCAACAACAACACCAGCGCCCCACACGGUCGUGCCUCCCACCACAGCGCCUUGAGGUUGUGGACAGGGACCUCGAGAGGGCUCUUCAACGAAGUUUGGCUGAUGGUCGUCACAAGCAUACGUCAAGCGUGAAACAGGAGCCAUCGGUACCACUGUCUUCGGAGACUGUACAGAGGCGACCAAGGCAAAAAAGAGCUGCUUAUUCGUCCAAUUCCGCCCUCGAGGGGCAGAAUAAUCGAAAGACCACAACGGAAAAAGCGCCUCAGCGGCUGCCAUCAGGGGUUAAGAGGGUCAGGUCGGAAGUAGUACUGUCUGCGUGUACUGAUCUAUCAUCAUCUGUAAGAAACAUCGGCAAUACUUGGACACAUCGCUUGCGUUCAAACUCACCUUCAGCAACAUCUGAUUCAGGGAUUUCCGGUAGUCGACGGAAACAGUCAAAAAACUCCCAGGUGGUGAAUAACUUCCGAACUGAUGGUGCCGCUCCAGCUAUUGAAAAAUCGUCCAUUUCGCUUGGUGGUGAUGGAGAACACCAUGUGGUCGUCGCUUCAGUGGAUUUGGAGAGGGCGAAUAAGGGGCUGGAUGUUGCCGGUUCUGUCAUACCGAAGUUGACUCUGGCAAUUGGGGAAAACGGCUGUGUGCGGUUGAAGACCAAACAUCGCCUUCCUUGCCAAAAACUCCUGCCCAUGACGCCAGAAAAUGGUGAUCCCUAUGCUCUUCCCUCGUCACCUCCCACCACACAUGAGACGACUAGCACUUGUGGUAUCGCGGCAACGGAGAACCGCUCUUCGCCAGACUCCCCGGUUCUUGUGCCUGAGGAGGAAAUUUGGCCGGUGAAAAACAAUAAAAGCAGAACUCUUGUGGUACCAGGUGGUAGUUUGUGGACCCGAGGCAAGAAGACAGCAGCAGCAGCAGCAUUCAGUCAAUUGGUUCCCGAACACGCAACAACCACUUCUCCCUCAUCGUCCUCCCCUGCUACUUCAAACUGUCUAAAUUCCUUGCACAUUGGUUCGAGUUUGCCUCAGUCGCAACAGGCACCGCCACCACUACCAUUGUUAGGCAUGCACCAUCAGCAUUCCGUCCCUCAUAUUUUCCCCACGGCCGCAAAUCCAAGUUCAACUGGGGUCCCCUCUUCGGUAGUGUCGCUGGCACUGGCCGCAAGCCUCCCUUCAUCCCAGCAACUCGCUUCCACCCAACCCCUCCCAUAUUCGCCCAGUGCUGUGAUCCCUACUCCACUUCAAACGACUGACGCUGCUCUUAAAAGUACUCAAGAACUGGGCAUCGCGGGUGGUUUCGAUGCUGGUCCCCUUGACAGACUAAGUGCCGCGGCCCAAUCCCUUCCUCUUCAUCUCAGCGGGUCGUUUUGGAACGCUGAUUGCGACCCUGGCCGCAGGCCGGCGACAAUGUGGACUCCCCGAAACGAACCGCUUCCCCCACCAGACCCUCCCCUGUUCACUCGGGUCCAUGCGAUGGCAUCGAGUAGCACUAACGGUGUCUUCUGUUUCCUACACCCCUCUUCAUCGGCUGCGCCAACCCAACCAACUCUUUUGCCGGCAGUCAUGUCAAAUCAACACCAACCGACGUUUUUUAAUGCUGUAACCACUGGCUGCCCCGCACUCGCCCAGGAGACGGCUGCCGCACUCGCCCUCGCUGCUGCCGCGGCCGCCUGCUUCCCCCCGGUUGCCGCUCCACUAACCCAACCACUAACUCCUGUGGCCUCCACUACGACUUCCUUUGCAAAACAACCCCCGGUGACUGCUACCUUGUGGAACAGCCACCACGGGAACGGUAUUCACUGA